AUGGCUUUAGCAAUUUCUCGUGAAGACACACAGGUGCUUUUGCAUCAGAAAAAUGUGUUGCAAGAGUCCACGCUUGACAAAUACAGAAGUGCAGGUCAGAUCACCCAAACUGGUCUCACAUUUGUCACCAAGCUCAUCAACGAUGCGUAUCAUACCGGGAAAUCGCGUCGUUUAGCCAUCCACGAGAUCUGUCUUCUCUCUGACAGUUUUUUGGCUGCUUGUUUGGAGUCCAGUUACAAGAAUAAAGUUGCUGAACGUGGUAUUUCACAUCCAACUACCAUUGACGUGGACGAAAUCGCGUCUGGAUGGUGUCCAGAAGUCGACGAUGUGGAACAAAUCCGUUCUGCUAAUAAGAACUUCUCUGAAUCUGAAAACGUAGCCGGUUGCAAAAGAAGCGUGGACGGAUUUUUGGCCCCCGGUGACGUUGUCAAAAUUUCCCUUGGUGUCCACAUUGAUGGUUACACUUCACAGGUCUCACAUUCAGUGGUAAUCUACCCUACCCAGGACGGCGAAGAUGGGUCUAAAAAACCUGCGGGUCCCUUGCUGGGAGGAAAAGCCGAUGCUUAUGCCGCCGUACACAUCGCCAUGGAAUCGGUUGUGUCACUUUUGGCUUGCGCUUUGACACCUGAAAAAAUCCCACAGUCUCUUCCAAAUAACGGUCAGGUCACAGGUCACUUGAUCCGUACCGUCGUAGACACCAUUGCUGCCUCAUAUCACUGUGCUGUUGUGCCUGGAUCCAAAGUUCGUCGUGUGAGAAGGUUUUUGGCCGGUCAAAAUGAGGGAAUCGUUGCCGAAAGAGAAUACAAAGGUGUUGCCUGGUACGAGUCGCACCAGGAGUUGGCUUUGCUACAAAAAUCUGCCGAAGACACUCAGGACUUGGUCAAAGUUCAACCAUCGAUCCGUCACAACUCUUCUGCCGUGCCGGUUGACGACUUUUCCGUCACUCCUGGCGAAGCAUACGCUAUCGACAUUCAGAUGGCCCCACUAGAUGGUGUUUCUGCUGGCCUGGUAACGCUGGAAAAUGCCGACAAUUUUUCAGGAAAAUCGCACAAAUCUGACCAGCUGAUCGCUAGACCUGGCGCAUAUGUCAGAGACUUUGCUCACUCGUACACUUUGAAGCUGAAAUCUUCCAGACACCUUCUGGGUAAGAUAGACAGACAAGGUGUUUAUCCUUUCAAACUUUCGCAUAUGAGCGAGACUUUCCCAAUCGACGUGGCAGAAGCCGAACAAUCUCAAAUCGAAGCCAUUUCCAAGGAACUGAAAUCUUACAGGCUUGGUAUGAGUGAAAUUUUGAAUAACUUCUUAGCCAUUCCCAACCCGAUUCGCAUCGCCAAAUGCGUUCCUUGGGAGAAAAUUCUUAAUACUGCCAAUCCAGCGGGGAACCAUGGUAUCGACGCCGCUGAACGCUCCCUACCUGGACAAGAGCUACCGCUACCUCGUCUCGGAAUCUCCUCGCUCAAACUAAAAUCUCUUCUGAAACACGCAGUCUCACUUCCCGUUGUUCGUCAAAGUGCCACUGUUGUGCUGUGCACAGCAGACGUUGUUUCCACGGGAAAAUCAGAGCUUCUAAGGCUGACUGGCGGAAACAAGACCUGUCCUCCUAGCUGGGUUCAUUCCGUCUAUCAAUUGAACAAAGAAGACUCUAUUGUACAGGGCAUUUUCCAACUAGCGGAAUUAACCAAAGACAAGAGAUUCGGUUUGUCAAUCAGAGAGACACAACCUUUAAAGAAGGACACCACCACCUCCGGCUUCAUGAUUCCUUCUACACAGGACAUCGACAUGGCCUGA